AUGGACCAAGAGCUGCCCCUUCCUCCGUUACGGAGCAUCCGUCACAGACCACCGGCCAAAGCUCCCGAGCAUCCAUUCCGCAAACCCAAGAGACUCUCAUCGCGACUGAGCCAAUCCAGCCUACCAUCCAGCGACCCUGCGCUUUUCUCGAGCGACGACAUCCCAUCAUCAUCACUGGAGAACUACAAUGGACAGCAAAUUGAGCAUUCACGAAAGCGACGCUACCGGGGGACUUGGUGGGGCGAAAUGGCCAAGGAAGUAAAACGGAAAAGAGCCGAUUUCAAGGAAAAGAGGAAUAUGGACAGUGGUGUGUGGAUGGGUAGUGAUGAGUCGUCUUCGGAUUGUCUUCUUUCGUCGGAGGCGUCGUCGUGUGAGGAUUUCAUGGCGCGCGCUUGGGCUGGACAGAAUCAGGUAGAGCCUAAAUUUACGACUGGGAUAAUCGAUACGAGAAGCAAUGAUCAGGAUGGUCAGAUUGCUGGGCCAGUCUUUGCUCCCCGAAACAUACAGAAUUUGGUCGAAUCACAAGAGCACAGAGAUGCUCGAACAAUGAUCAAUGAAUGUCUUGAAAAGGGGCAAGAGAGUGUUGAUUUAAGCAACUUUGGUUUGAAAAAUAUCCCGACAGACUUGCUCCGACCCCUAUUGCAUCUUACAAAGCAACCAGCGGUAUCCGAUGGUCCAGUUACUGAUGAAGUAUUCACAUCGUUAACACCAUCUCUUCGACUUUUCCUAUCCGGAAACUCUCUGAAGGAGCUGACAUCUGAAAUAUUUGAGCUAGAACACCUUAACGUUCUCAGUGUACGGAACAACGAGCUUGCCGAGAUUCCAGGGGCCAUUCGCAAAUUGACAAAUCUUCAAGAGAUAAAUCUUUCCGUGAACCAGAUCACUACCUUACCAUGGGAGAUACUGUGGUUGAUCCGAAAAGGGGAUUUGAAACAAUUGACAGUCCAUCCCAAUCCGUUCAUGUCAAUUGAAAAGGAGGCAGGGGAUGUUGAACAUUGGCACCAUGGAAAUGGAACCGAAGGCGAUCUUCGAGCGUGCGAAUACGAAGGACCGAUACCAGAGGAAGCUUGGGCACCCAUCCACAUUGCUACUAGCCGUGUGCAACGCUUCGACGCCGAGGGCAAGCUCGUCUCUACUAAAGCAUUCGGCAGGUCUCAGAGUGCCACGACCCAAAACCAAACGAGCAGAGCCCCAUCACUACGCGAAUUGGCCCUGCUCGAAUGCAACAAGGCUCCAUAUCUGGACCAAUUUCUCGCCGAUGAUGCUACAUCAGCAGAAUCCCCAGAGCCCGUGAUCCGGUUACUGCGACAAGCGAUUUCUGUCCGAAACGCCGGUGGCAUGACCUGCUCUGUAUGUCACCGCAGCUUUGUCAUUCCGCGCACACAAUGGAUCGAAUGGUGGGAUUGCGCUACCUACGAGAACGGACUGAAAUUUCCACGUGCAUCGGGUGCGGAGUUGCGCCCAUUACCGUUCCUGCGCAGGGGAUGUAGCUGGGGGUGCGUUCCGACUUCGGGUGAGUCAUGA